AUGUUAACAUUAUUUCUUGUGAGAAAUUUUUUUUUUUUUUUUUUUUUCAAAAAAAAAAUUAAGAGUAAAGAGAAACAAGGAUUAUUAGAUACUAUCAAUGAAUUGAAAACAGAGAUACUACAAUUGAAAUCAAAAAUUUCAACUCUUGAAUGUAUAGUUAAUAAUAAAAAUAAUAAUAGUAAUAAAAAUUAUAAUUAUAAUAGUAAUAAAGAUGUUGAUACUGAGAAAGAUAUAGAUAGAGAAAUGGAGCAAUUAGAGAAUAAAACAUAUAAAGAUAUUAAAAAAAUUUCAAAAUCGAAAUAUAGUAUAAAUGAAAAACAAAACAAGUUAAUUUUAUUAGAAAGUAUUAGAAAAUCAAUUAAAUUAAAAAAAUCAAUAAAAAACACAACAAAUAAACAAUUAUCAUUAAAUAAACAAGCUCAAACAAAUAAUAAACCAAUGGAUAAUAAUGAAAUAAUAUUUUGGAAAGUUUAUAAAUAA